AUGGUUGGGAAACUUGGUAAAAGAAGAUGCGGUUUAAGCGAAGUUAUAUUAGUUAUAGUGUUACAUGUUUUUAAUAUAAGUGGACAUGAAAAGCAAAACGACCUAGUCUACAUGCUUAUGUGGACAUCAUCAAUCACAGAUCCCUUCGCGUGGAUGGAUACGGAUCAAGACACUUUUAUCAGCAGGAAAUGUCUCUAUCAGAACUGUUUCAUUACCAAUGACAUGGCGUAUUUCCAAGAUGUAUCAGAAUUUGACGCCAUAUUAUUCAAUGUGGUUAACCUUCAAAGUGACAUGGAAAGACCACAAGUUCGCUCUCAGAAACAAAUUUAUACGUUUGUUGGCAUGCAAUCUUCAUCAAACUAUCCAGUGCCUGACACUUAUAAUGGAUUUUUUAAUCGUACAUGGACAUAUAAACUUGAUUCCGAUAUUUACUUUGGUCAUAUUAUAAUAAAAGAUAACCAAGACAAAAUAAUAGGGCCUAAGAAAAAUAUGCAUUGGAUGGAUGUAAAACGUAUGAGACCAAUCACUAAAUAUAUUAAACAUAAGUUACGAAAAAAGAGCGUUGCAGCAGCGUGGUUUGCAUCAAACUGCAAAACAAACAGUAGACGUGAGGUCUUCGUCAGUAAUCUUAGUGAAGAAUUAGCACGUUAUGGACACCGAAUAGAUGUAUUUGGUAGCUGUGGAGAAUUGGAAUGUUCGGUAGACCGAAUGGAUGAAUGUUUUGCCUUAGUGGAAACAGAUUAUUAUUUCUACUUGGCCUUUGAAAAUGCCCUCAGUGAAGACUAUGUGACUGAACAGGUGCUAUUUGCGUUAGAACACUUUGCAGUACCCGUAGUUUAUGGAGGAGCAAACUAUACAAGGUAA